AUGGCUCGAACGACAAGCGACCCUUUGGAUGACACACUGUCCGCACUCUGGCGUUCUGCCUGCGACGACUAUGCUAAAGAAACCGGGGUCGCACUUACCGAUGGCGACUUCCCCAAGAUCCGCGGUCCCGAGGAUCUGUCCCGUCAGCUCGACGCAGAGAAAGACCAUUUUGAGGACUUUCGAAUGAAGAGGCGGCCGCUCUUGCAGGCUAUGCAGAGGAUUCUGGCGCCGUUUGAGAACUGGGGCGAUCUGCUUGCGGGUGCAGCCUCGGCAGCUUUUCCUCCAGCGUCUUCCAUCAUGGGCGCCAUGAUGCUUCUGAUUCGAGGUGCUCGCAGAGUCAGUGAAUCGUUCGACAUGCUUACGGACUUGUUUCACAAACUCGGUCAUUUUGCUCUCCGUCUGGACUCGUACAAGGGGGUUCCUCUCAGUGAAGGGAUGAAGACCAUCAUUGUCAAAGUUUUGGUCAAUUUCCUUCGUGUCUGCGCAGCGUCGCAGAAGUUGCUAAGUCGGGGGUCGCUCAGAGCAAGACUUACAAAAUGGACAAAGAACGUCCUGGUUGAGGAUACGUCUAUUAGUUCGCUCCUGGGCGAGCUGGAGGAAUUGACGAGCCAGGAACACAAGAUGGUCUCCGCUCAUGGGCUCGAUCUCACUCACCAGGCGCUCAGAAACACCGCGGAAUUACUCGAGCGAGAUGACAACAGGACUGAUCGCGAGAGACUAGACACGGUGAAGAGGGCACUAGAUCCCGUCUCUGCCUCUGGCCGCGUCUUCUCCUCGAUUAACGAGAAUCGCAUACCUGGAUCGGGCAGCUGGAUUGAAGACAGGAUACGGUCCUGGUGGCAGAGCCCCCAGCCACUGCUUUGGAUUCACGGGGGUCCUGGUGUGGGUAAAUCAUACCUGGCAUCGAAGAUCAUCAGUGAUCUCGCGAUGGCAGACCCAUCCGCUCCAUCUGCGCCCAUAGUCGCCUCUUUCUUCUUCAAGAAUAACGACGUCGAUCUACGCUCUUUCAACAAAGCGCUGCGCACCCUGGCAUGGCAAGUGGUCGUCCAGCGAUCGGGAUUUGCGGCGCAUGCAGAGGAUUUCUGUCUGAAAGAGGACCCAGCCAACAGCUACGUCGUCUGGAGGCAACUCUUGCUUGACUACUUUGUCGAGUCUGCACCGGAUGCUGGAACGUGCUUUAUCAUUGACGGUAUUGAUGAGGCCGAUCCAGAGGAACAAGAAAUCCUUUUCAGUCUGCUCGAGAGCACGUAUGCGACAGAGGACCAGACGAGCCCGACUUCACCAAUCCGAGUCGUACUUCUGGGCAGGGAUUCAGUGCGCAGCAUUCUCGAUGAACACUCCCUUGGGUGGAUUCCGGAGAUCGAAAUCACCAAUAACCAGAACAAGGACGACCUGAACAGCUACGUCUCUCAGAAGCUGCAGAAGACCAAGUUGUUCCGCGGCUAUUCAGACUUCCUGGACGAGGUCGUCCAGGAUAUAUGUGGGCAAGCGGAGGGCCUCUGGGAAUGGGCCAACCUUGUCAUUAAGUCUGUUCUGCGCUGCCGGACCAAAGAACAGAUUCGGAGGGCGGUCCGGACGAUGCCCCGAGGAAUCAGCGCAAUGCUGCAUGCAGAACUGCAGCGUUUGGCUAGAGAGUUGUCGGCUCCAGAUGUGAUGUCGACCGGGUUAUCCGAUGGGGAAGGAUCAACCGGGGAAGCAACGACGCAGAUUCAACAGCUCAACAUCAUACUCUCAUUUGUGACGAUGGCUCAGAAGCCGCUGACGGUGGAACAACUCGACCUUAUCUUAGAGAUCAUCCUUGAAGAGGAGGUCCUGAAUCUGGAGGAUGAUCUUCGCACGAUAUACUCAUCCCUGUUUUCGCUGCGGCCCGCAGAGGAUGAAGGAGAAGACAACGACAUGAUCAUUGUAACUCUGCGGCAUAGUUCUUUUUAUGAAUUCUUCAACACGUCAGUGGAAGCUGGACCCAUCCAGGUCGAUCCCACGCGAGCUGAGGCGUUGUUUCUAUUUGUCUUACUCUAUGCCCUUCAAAGAGACUUCGCACCCAAAUCAGAAAGGUGGCUAUUCAGGAUCAAGAGAUACGCUCAGAAAUUUCUGACACUGCAUCUGUCGCGUGCAGAUCCAGAAAAAGCAGCAGAUCGAAGAGAAGAGAUAGCCACUCUACUCGCGGGUCUCUUCACCCAGGAGCCGGUAUUCAACCCUCAGCACUGGCUCAUUGAACAAUACCGCGCCUUUUACCUUACCACGUCCAUUUAUUAUAUGUCGUCUCGCGCAUCAGACGUUGCUCAUUACUGGUGGGAUACUCAAGAUCGUGAUACGGCGAACCAGAGGGCGGAAUUCGUACUGAAUUGGCUCUCCCCAGAUACUAAACAGCUCCUGCAGGAUUGUGCUCUGUCUUCGACGGUGGCAAGCGAUGCCUGUCCUUUUACGGUCCUUUUCUCUCGUUUGGCAGAAUCUUUCUCCCGACUUUGGCUCGCUCCGAAAGAUGUCGAAGAGGAAGAUGGAUUACCGGAAAUUCUCCCCACCAUGCUAUAUUUGUAUGCUCAAAUGGCAGGUGCCCAAUUUCCAACCUCCGAGAGGAAGAUAGACGUAGGCACAAGAUUGGAGCCUGACGAGAUCGUGUGCACAGCCGAGAUGCAAUGUCUCGAGAAGACGCCCGUCUGGCAUGCUCGAGUUGCUCAGGCGCUCCUCCUGCAUUACAACUCCAAGGCAGCUCUCAAAGAAUUCCAAAUCUCUCUCGAUGAGAAUCUCUGGAAUCCUAUCCUGAGCAAACAAGCGCUAUCCGUGAUUCACAGAGACAUGGGUCGCGCAUGUACCGACACCAGAAGGUACAAGGAGGCAUUAGAGCACUCUGAACUUGCCGAGUCGCUGCAUGACGCCUCCUGGGAGCGUGGCUGGCAGGAUCCUGUCGGCAAGCUGCUGAACACUGCGCAAAUGGAGCACUUCGCGAAAAUGACCGACAAAGCUGUUGUCACCGCAAACGAGGCCUGGGAAGUAUUCAUGGGACAAGAGGAAGAUUAUCGAGACAGGUAUACUCUGUGUUCGUUCUUUUCGGUCUUUCUGGAGCUGCGCCAGACACACCGUGUUCACGAUGUGCUAGAUUUUGCCGUUUCACAUCCUCAAGAGUUCAGGUGGACCAAAAAAGAAGGAUUGGCCGAGUUCCUCGCUUCAAUACUAACUUGGCCGUCCCGUUUAAUAUAUAGACUCCUUUACUAUGCGCGGAUGCGGGAUGAUGGGAAGUUUAUUGAUCUUGUUGCCGCGGCUGCGGCAAGGGGCGAGGCCUCAGUGGGGGAAAUAAACUACGCGGUGGCGACGGCGAAAUACUUCAUCGCAUCCGUGAUGUUUGAAAACAGCCGGAUCAGCGCAGGAAUCCAAGCUUGGUACGAGCUUGCCUCCCCCGACGACCCCGAUGACUUGGCUAUGAGACCGGCCUGGGUGCGGUCACGGAGUCGCUUGGCAGCCGUGUGUCUAUACCAUCCAGAGAUUCCAUUCUGCGACGGGUCCCCUCUGAGAUUGGAUAAAACGGCCGAAUUUAGUGAUAUCUGUUUGGUGAUCUCGAGUUGGCUGCGGGAUCAUGGUGAUCUCGCAAACGCUCGAACAGCUCUCCGCGGACGUGUGAAGAAAAGUAUCGAGCUAUUAGCGGACGAUGAUCCUUCCAACGAUGAUGACGCCUUCAUCGGCCUCUUUCUGACCUUUCUGGCGGCUGCGGACAGCGGUGAAGAUUUGAAUGGAGUCUUGUAUUUGACCAAGGCUUGGUACAGGGACUAUCUGCCGGGAGGGAAGAAGGACAAUCCCAUAUCCGAAUCUCUCACAGUGUCUUGCGAUGACAGCGGGAAUUUCCAAGAUGGCGUCGCCGAAUCUUUGAACCAAGUGCAUCUUGCCGAUGACAAGACGCAACGACCGGAUGAAGAGUUUUCUGAACGCCAGAGCGUGUACACAAUCGACUAUUUCGCCGAGUGUUCGAACUGCAAGUGUGAGAUGAGGUCGAUAUGCCACUGGUACUUGUGUCGUUCUUGCCCAUUCGUGAUGCUGUGUCAAUGGUGCUACCACGAUAUCCAGUCAGCGAUAUCCCAGUCUGGAGCAUCCCAUCCACCGGGCAUCUGUGAUCCCCGACACGAGUUUUAUUAUACCGGCUCUCCGCUUCGGCCCUCCGAACGUGUGCCUGAGGGGAUGAUGAUGCUUGAAAGUUCUGACGGCAAGAGGCAGACGAUAUGGAUAGAAGAAUGGAAGGAUAAGCUGUCGGAGAAGUGGGAGACGGAAGACUUUGCCUUUGAGGGCGGACUGUCGGCCUGGUGUAUGCGAGUAUUGCCGGAGCCACAGAGAACUCGGUGGGCAACAUUUUUCAAGUAG